UGCCACCAUCCUUUCUUCUGGGCCUACCUCCGCGGUCGGUCACGUGCUCCCGGGGAGUCUACAAAAUUUCCAGUGGGAGAGCGAACACACGCCUAUCUGCAAUUAUCAGAGAGCGGCCCUAUCUGACUGGGACAGACGGCCUCCGGGUUGGGGUGGGGGCCACGAUCGCUAAUUGCUGGACUGGGACUUACUUGGAAGGACGAGCGCUUGCUUUGGAGUUUGGAUGCUCCCCCGACUCUCCUCCGUGCGUCCAAGAGGUUUGCCUGCAGGGUGCUUGCUCUCCUUUGGCUGACGUUUGGAACACUCCGGGACUGGACUGGACUCAUUUGUUUGGUUUUUAUCACCCGGUCCGCCUUAUCUGUGUCUGUGCUGUUGAGCUGCAGGAAAGUCUCAUUUUCUUGGGGAGAGGUCAGCAGCGUGGACAAGGUCUCCCACGCCCGAGGAACCGAGACCGGCUCUCGCACAACAUUUUUUUUUAAACACCAAGGUGUGAAAAUGUAUCAAAGCCUGACCUUGUCGUCCAACCAGUCCCCUUACACGCACGACACCGGGAAUUACUUGCACCCGUCGGCCAGCUCCCCUGUCUACGUGCCCACUAGCAGGGUUCCAGGCAUGCUACCCACGCUGCCCUACCUGCAGACCUGCGAGCCGCCUCACCAGUCCCACGGCCUGGGGGCCCACCAUCAUCACCAUCACCCCCACCACGGCUGGCCCCAGGCUGCUACGGACGGCUCUUCCUUCGCGCCCGGCAGCCCUCACCCCACGCACGGCUUCUCAUACUCUCACAGCCCGCCGCUCAGCAGCAACACUAGCCGGGAGGCCGCCUACCAGAGCCCGCUGGUGCUCGGCAACAGCGGGCGGGCGGACCAGCUCGGUGGGGCCUUGGUGCGCCCGGUGGGGGGCUCUUACAGCGGGCCCUACGCUUACAUGAGCCCGGAGAUGGCGACCUCCUCCUGGACGCCGGGGCCCUUGGAGAGCGGAGUGAUGAGCCUGCAGGGCCGCCAAGGCUGCAUGUCCACACGGCGCUCCAGUCUGGAUCUGGUGGAUGACAUGGCCACAGAGGGCAGGGAAUGCGUCAACUGCGGCUCCAUCUCCACCCCGCUGUGGCGCAGAGAUGGCACGGGGCACUACCUGUGCAACGCCUGCGGUCUGUACCACAAGAUGAACGGCAUCAACAGGCCGCUCAUCAAACCUCAGAAACGGCUGCACACCACAUCUCGCCGAGCAGGCCUGUGCUGCACUAACUGCCACACGAGCACCACGACGCUGUGGAGGCGAAAUGCUGAGGGAGAGCCAGUGUGCAACGCCUGCGGUCUCUACAUGAAACUGCACGGGGUGCCCCGACCUCUGGCCAUGAAGAAAGAGAGUAUACAGACACGGAAGCGCAAGCCAAAAAUGCCCAAGAACAAAUUACUCACAGGCACACGCACGACCUCUGAUGGAACCUCGCCAUCGUCGCUGUCUGCAUCUGAACAUGCCUCCACCAUCAAGAGUGAACCCGGCAUGACCCCUUCACCCUACGCCGGGCAGACUGUCACGUCCACCCCGCAGACGGCUACCCAGUUGAACGCUACCGUAUCCAUGACACACAUGGACAUUAAAUAUGAGGAUUAUGUCUUUACUCCGACAUCCAUGGCCCCACAGAACUCCUGGUGCGCUCUUUCGCAAGCAUGAGUCCUAAAACCCAAAGAGCCGAGUCUCCAAGUCUUAUGGGACGGGACACAGACAAGCGAAAGGGAGCGAGAUCACGAAAUCCAAUCGCGAUGGAACUUAAAGACGUUCACGAGAGUCAACCGACCUGCAAGAUGUGGGUACCUGUGGUCCUCACCGACAACUACCUAUUAUCAAGCAAGCAAACGCACCAAUGCAAAGACAAUCAUAUGACUUGUAAAGAGAGAAAAACAUGGUUAUUAAUUCAGCUUUAUUUUUUAAACAAACACAAUGAGGACAUGUUACUGUCCCUGCAGGUAUAAAAUGGACAGAUUUUUUUUUUUGUUUUGUUUGGAUUUUAUGGCUGCUGAAGACAUCUCAUCACUAGCAUGUAGAUGAUUAACUUUUAUAGGCGCAUUAUUUAUGUUGAGAUAUGAGCAGUUAAAAGUCGCCGUGGACAUUAUCGUCGCACUAGGCUUGGCCGUGCGGGACAGCCAUGUUGAGCAAGCUCCAGGCAGGAUUAAGUGAGCAAUUGGCUUGCCAGGUAGAUGAUGGUCAAAAAUCAAGGGUGGAAUUGUUCCUUUCAGGUGUUAUGACAACAUGUCAAAGUUUUGUCCAAAUAAUAAACAGUUUGAGUGCAAUAGAUCUGUUUCUUACAAAGAAAAAGAAAAACUGCCUAAAAGAGUCAAAUAAUUACAAACAUAAUCUAAUUUCAUGGUCUGUAUUUUAUCAAAAAUAAAAGAGAUUUUUUUUUUGGGGAGGGUGAUGUUUGAAAGAGUAUGUGACCCUCUGUUUCUUCUCUCUUAACAAAGUGCUUUGGAAUCUGUUCAGGUUGAACUGAUUUACUAUUUAUUAAUUUGAUUAAUGGGAAAUUAAUGAAUGUAAUAAAGGGUAAAUCUCUCCAAAGAUCACAUUGCUCAUAUUUCUGUCCCAAAAUGGACCUUUUAAAGUUGAGUUUGGUACUUGUUUGUUCAUUCGACACCUUAGAGGUUUUACCUUUUUUAUUUUUAAUUUAUUUGCACAAGAGCAGCUGACAUGA